AUGGAGGCACUGAGAAGCGGGGACAACAGAAACAAGGAUUCAGCAUCUGAAGAGAAAAAAGAGAAAGCAAAGAAAAAGAAGCCUAAGCUGCUGAACAAAUUUGAUAAAACUAUAAAGGUCGAAAUUGACUCUGCAGAAAAGCUGCGUAAAAAGGGAAAAGUGGAUGAAGCUGUUAGAGCAUUUGAAAGUUUGGUGAAUAAAUAUCCACAGAGUCCAAGAGCCAGAUACGGCAAGGCCCAGUGUGAAGAUGAUUUAGCUGAGAAGAUGAGAAGCAAUGAGAUGCUACAACGAGCUAUCAGUACGUAUGAAGAAGUAACUGAUUUACCCAAUGUGCCUUCAGAUUUAGUGAAACUGGCACUGAGGAGGCGCGCUAACAGACAGCAAUUUCUAGGUCGUAUGCGAGGGUCAGUGGUUACUCUUCAGAAACUGGUACAACUAUUCCCAGAUGAUCUGUCUCUCAGAAAUGAGCUGGGUGUUGGUUUCCUUCUGCUUGGAGAUAAUAAAAGUGCAAAACGAGUUUAUGAAGAGGUUUUACAAAUGGCACCCAAUGAUGGCUUUGCUAAGGUGCAUUAUGGUUUUAUCCUUAAAGCUGAGAACAAAAUUGCUGAGAGCAUUCCUUUCUUAAAGGAAGGAUUGGAGUCGGGUGACCCUGGUACCAAUGAUGGGCGAUUUUAUUUCCACUUAGGAGAUGCCAUGCAAAGAGCUGGAGACAAAGAGGCGUACAAAUGGUAUGAGGCUGGUCAUAAGAAUGGCCACUUUGCAUCUGUCUGGCAGCGUUCUUUGUAUAAUGUUAAUGGCCUCAAAGCUCAACCAUGGUGGACUGCAAAAGAGACAGGGUAUACCGACUUGGUAAAGACUUUAGAAUCAAACUGGAAACUAAUUCGGGAUGAAGGUCUUGCAGUGAUGGACAAAUCCAAAGGUCUAUUUGUUCCUGAAGAUGAAAAUCUGAGGGAAAAGGGUGACUGGAGCCAAUAUACUUUGUGGCAACAAGGGCGAAAAAAUGAAAAUUCUUGUAAAGCAGCACCAAGAACAUGCGCUAUGCUGGAAAAAUUUCCAGAGUCAACCGGAUGCCGCAGAGGACAGAUCAAAUAUUCAGUUAUGCACCCAGGAACUCAUGUCUGGCCUCAUACCGGACCAACAAACUGCAGACUCCGGAUGCAUUUAGGAUUGGUUAUACCACAGGUUGGCUGUAACAUACGAUGUGCCAAUGACACACGAACCUGGGAAGAAGGUAAAGUGCUGAUAUUUGAUGAUUCAUUUGAGCAUGAAGUAUGGCAGGAUGCUGAUUCGUAUCGGCUGAUAUUCAUUGUGGAUGUCUGGCACCCAGAGCUUUCAGCGAAUCAACGACGGACUCUUCCUGCAAUUUAAACCAUCCUCCAACCUAAUUCAUAUUCAAAACACAUGAAGGAAUUUUUAUGCAUAGAGAAAAAAAAAUGAUAUUGUAUAGUUCUGUGACAGCACUAAUUGCUUUUCUGCCUGUUCGUUACUGUCUGUUUUAUACUAAAUGCUAUUUUGAUAUCAGAUGUAAUUGAUUUGUACAUUGAUAAAACAAAAGGGAUUUAGUGUUUUUGUUGUUUAAAAGCAUUUUUUGUAGUAAAAGAUAUUUUACAAAACCACUAUUUUCACAGUAAAGAUGUUGCUCUUUAUUAAGUCGGUAACGCCAAUAUAAAUACCUGUAUUAUUUUUCAAACAACAUUUACUAUGCAAUUUGAAAAUGGAAUAUAUGUAUGUGUGUGAAAAGUGAUUUAGUGCAUUUCUUAUACAUGUUUACAGGUAUCAUAGUUGCCAUAAUACAUAUUACAACACAAUGACAUGUAAGUACGCAAAUUACUCUCAAAUGCACACAAAAGUCUUUGUGUUAUUUGUUGCAAGGGCAUUGUGAAAUAUAUUACAGGGUUAUGUUUUUUGUUAAAAACAGAUUUGUGAAACUGUACACCAAUAAAGCAGUGAGAGUUCUGCUUGUGAGCCAGUGAACAGUCAAUCCGUAGAGGGUCAUAAAAUCAGAAUCAAACUUUCAUUAAUCAGACAGAGCUUGCACUUUUGAAUAACAUCACAAUCUAGUUCUAUUAUCUAAUUUGCUUUGUAUACUUUGUUAAAAAGUAGGCAUGAGCGAUCGGAUCAUUCGUGAGGAUCCAAAUGCGUAAGAAGGCGUCUGCUUGCGGUAUUCUGCUCUUUUUGGAGCCGGGUUUCUUCUUGUGAAAGUGCAACACCUAAAAUCUGGAUUUGCACAGAUCUUAGUGUGUUUCACAUUCACAAGAAAGUGCCGAAUGCUGUGUGCCGCUGCCUUCUUGGAAAAUGGGCAACUUCAGAAUUAAAAUAUCUGCAUUUUCAAUUUUUCAGAAGUUUAUUCAAAGUUUGUAUUAAGGUACAUUUUUAGGCUGGUGAUACAGAAUUUCUUAUGGAUAGUAAACAUAAGAUUUUAAGAUACUUAAUGGUUUGCAAACACGAGGCAUGAUACACUCAUGAAACUGGAAUUAUGUCAUUGGAUUUUUAUUGAUAGAAUGAGAAAUACAGUCGUGCUCAUUUAAUACAUAUAUUCUUCAGGCUCUCUGUAUGAUCCAUAUAGCCGGCUUCUCUAACACCUUAAUACAGGGCUAGAUUUUGUAUUGAUAUCUGUUAAGACUUUAUUUGUGUCACACAAGCCACUGGUGAAGGUGUAGUGUUUGAAUACUGGUGCACGGACCCUCAUAGCAUAUGCUAAAGGAAGUAUUUAGCUAAUCUGAAAUAUACCCAUUGCACAUUUAAAUUUUGACCUUUCUCUCCCUUUAAUAUUCCUGCACAUACAAUACAGCAGCUCUUAAUGAAUCCGUCAAUCUGGUCAGCUUCUUGAUGCAGUCUGUGAUCUGAGAGAUUUUUGUAAAGUAUUCAGUUAAUAAUGUACCAAGAAUAUGUAAAGUCAGCAGCAAAUGAUAGUUCCAUAGUGCCUUGGAGUUAAACAAAACUAUAAAUAUGUAUAUUUAAUUUGCUCUAUAUUUCUUUUUUUUCUUUUUCGUUUUUUUUAAUACCAAUAAUCUGGCAAUUUCCCUACUCUUGUUAUUGCCACCAGAGACCAAUAAUGUAUCUGUAUCAUCGUCAGUUCUUAGAUAUUAUUGCACUGCAAACAUUUGUGACAUUUUAUUAUGUAUUGUUUCCUUCACAUGUGAUAUGUCAAUUUAAUUUCUGUGUUUUAGGUCAUUAUAUUGCGAUUAUAUAGCAAUUUAAACAUGUUUUUGUUAAAAAGAAAUUACUACUCUUUUUGAAGAGAUAUUUCAUGAUACAAAAUAUAUUGCUGUAUAAAAAUGUGUACAGUCGUUAUUGAAUUAUUGCGCAGACAGCUGUUUGUACCAGACAGCCUGUGUGUAUUUCUGCUGGUUGAAGGCAGUCAGUAUGACCUCUGUAUUACAUUUGCCCAGUGCUUCGUAAUCUUCUUUGAAAGCUUGAGAACCAAUGGCUCAUUGACAAAACACAAGUAAUGACCUAUUUUUAUUCAUUUCAAUAGGAUAUGUAGUAUAAAAAAUGGAGUUGGUAUGACCCACUUAAACACAAUGUUGAGGAAGGGUUUUGAUCCCAUCUUUUUAGUAAUUAUUUUUAUAUAAUAUGUUACAUACAUUUUCAUGCAAAAUGGGCACACAUAAUAAAUAUGUAACUAAGAUUUAAUCCAAAGCUCAAAGUAGAAAUUUCUGUUUAAUAACUUUUGGUUGUUCACUCUAAUUCCUUGACUCAAGCAUGGCUUUGCAAUAAGACUUGUUUGCCUUUUGUGUGAAACUGAAAUUGCCUUGAAAUCCCUGUCAAAGUCUAAAUGUUCUUUAGAGACACAGAGAAGAACAGUUGACAAAUAAAACUUUGAGUUCUCAUUAGCUUGAUUCUUUAUUAAGAGCUACAAUGCUUGUCCGCUAUUGAGAACAUUGAAAAUCUAUAACAUGAGUUUGUAUAAUGUUGUAAUAUUAGUGCACAUGUUUGGCAUACACUAUUUUGGGUUCUGCUUGGUAUUCUUGCUAAAUGGAUUUACUAAUAUUGUUAUAAUGCAUAGUUUACAUACUUCGAUAGGACUCUAGCUGAUUACUGAAAUGAGAUAGUGGCUAUUACUAUCAGAAUGCUGCCAUUUUUCAAAGUUUUUGCUCAGAAUCCAUCAGAGAGAGUAUCUGAGCUGUAGUGUAUAUGUUUAUAAUGCCUAUGUAUCUGUGAAUAGCUGUAAAACACUGUCAGAUCAGUGCUGCUAUCUUAAUAAAUAACAAUAACAAGCAAAA